ACACGACAACAUCGACAAUACAUCAGCAAUGAUGAAUGUUCGCCAACCUCUCCAGACGCUCACACGGCGAGCAACGGCAGCACAAUGCCAACAGCUCCAGCACAAGCCUCGGACAUGGCAAACGAGCGAUCGUGGUAUGGCCUCCGUGGUGCCCCCUGUCACUCAGAACUCCGUGAGCAAGAAGGGUCCUACGGCGAUGGUAUUCAUGAACAUGGGAGGACCACAGACGACUGAUGAGGUCGGCGGAUUCUUGUCUCGACUCUUUGCCGACGCCGAUCUCAUCCCGCUCGGCCCUCUGCAGAACUACCUCGGACCUCUCAUCAGCAGGAGGAGGACCCCGAAGAUUCAGAAGCAAUACGCGGGAAUUGGAGGUGGCAGUCCGAUCAGGAAGUGGAGCGAGUAUCAGGCGGCGGAGAUGUGCAAGAUUCUGGACAAGACGAACCCGGAGUCAGCACCGCACAAGCCGUACGUGGCAUUCCGCUACGCCAAUCCUUUGACGGAAGAGAUGUACGCGAAGCUACUGGAAGAUGGUUUUGGCAACGGAAAAGGAGGGCGUGCCGUGGCUUUUACACAAUACCCUCAAUACUCCUGCAGCACAACAGGGAGUUCAUUGAACGAGCUGUGGAAGUGGAGGCAAAGACUGGAGUCGCCCACACGCAAUGCUGAAGCGCCGAAGGAGGGAUCUAUUCAGUGGAGCGUCAUCGACCGAUGGCCGACGCAUCCAGGCCUGGUCAAAUCCUUUGCCGAGAACAUCACGAAGGUCCUGGAGACAUACCCCGAGGAAGUCCGGGACAGUGUGGUGAUCCUCUACAGCGCGCACAGCUUGCCCAUGAGUGUCGUCAACCGUGGCGACCCAUAUCCGGCGGAGGUCGCGGCCACUGUGGCUGCUGUUCAACAAGAGUUGGGACACCGCAAUCCAUAUCGUCUGGUGUGGCAGUCACAGGUCGGGCCGUCGGCAUGGUUGGGAAUGCAGACCGCCGAGGCGGUCCCGUCUCUCAUCAAGAGAGGUCAAAAGGACAUCGUUCUCGUUCCCAUUGCGUUCACUUCGGAUCACAUUGAGACUCUGUUCGAGAUCGACCAGGAGGUCAUUCACGAGGCAAACGAAAUGGGAGCAGACGGUCGUGCCAGGAGAGCGGAGUCUUUGAAUGGUAGCCCGACGUUCAUUAAUGCACUGGCAGACCUAGCGAAGUCUCACCUGCAAUCGGGCAUUGUGUGCAGCAGGCAGAUGGGAUUGAGGUGUCCAGGAUGCAAGAGCGAGAGGUGUCUGGAGAGCAAGAAGUUCUUCAUGGGCGACGCUUCAUCCACGAACUUCUUCUCGCUCCCUGCCGAACUCCGAAAUGAGGUCUAUCUACUCGCCACCCAAGGAUUAGCUCUCACUCUACGGACCAUCACAGACAAGAACCAGAAGAAGUCCUCGACCAAUAGACCAGGAUCCGCUGCUCAAGCGCGUCCAGUCCCAAGUCUACUGCUGGUGUCAAGACAAUGUCGCAACGAAGUCCUGCCGAUCAUGCUGUCGACCGCCAGCAUCGAUGUCAGGGUCUCCGAGUUCGACUUCAAGGACGUGAUUAGACUGGAGGGCAGUCUGUACGCUACAGAGCUGAAAGCGCUCAGAACCAGCGAGAGCUUGUGGAUUACUCUGACCGUGAAGAAAAGAGAUGGCAAGCGGUUGGAUGAGAGGCUGAGACGAUGGGCAACCCACCGCUCCUCCGGCCUGAGUCGUCUCCCUUGGCAAUACCGCGCCGCUGCACCCGGAACGGCAACACUACAAGGUGGAAACGCUCAUUUGACGAGCAGGCGGGACUAUUACACGUUCAGUCCGGCUUGCGAUUCCGACCUCUUCCUCCAAGCGGUUGCUUCAACUGCGCCCUUGCGCCUGGAGCACUCGUACGAAGACAAAGGAAACAACGACACCAUGCUCAAACCUCUCCUCCGCCGCAAGAAAACUCCACGCAUCACCUUCUUCUCGCUCCCUGACGAAGUCAAGAAUGUGAUAUACCAACUUGCCGCUCAAGACCUCACCAUCUCGUACCAGCCCCCUAGAGAUUCGCUCAAGACAGGAGGACCGAGCCCUGUCGCCCAGGAGAAACGUUCCAUUUUCAACGUCCUGCGUUUGGCGGCUUCCAAAUAUGCCAAUCGCAAGACCCAUCCACCUUCGCCACCAAGCCUGUUGCUAGCAUCGAAACAAUGUCGGAACGAAGUCCACCUGAUCAUGCUAGCACAGGCAAAAAUCACGAUUCCUAUCCGCGACUUCGACUUCCGUCCCAUCGGCCGCAUGAUCCAAAGCUCAAUCCAGAUUUGA